CUCCUUCAAAGUGCACUGUCAUUCUUACAGAAAACUUCAUCUAAAAUGUCUCGAAGGUACGAUACAAGAACAACCAUCUUUUCRCCCGAAGGGCGCUUAUACCAGGUUGAAUAUGCUAUGGAAGCUAUUGGUCAUGCAGGGACAUGUCUAGGAAUAUUAGCCAAUGAUGGCAUUGUAUUGGCAGCUGAACGCCGUAACACUAAUAAACUCCUGGAUGAAGUGUUUAUUUCAGAGAAGAUUUACAAGCUUCAUGAGGAUAUGGCAUGCAGUGUUGCUGGUAUUACUUCUGAUGCUAAUGUACUGACCAAUGAGCUUCGUCUUAUUGCCCAAAGGUAUCAGCUUCAAUAUCAAGAACCAAUCCCCUGUGAACAGAUGGUCAGCUCCUUAUGUGAUAUCAAACAGGCCUACACACAGUUUGGAGGUUUACGUCCUUUUGGUGUUUCUAUUCUGUAUGUUGGUUGGGACAAACACUAUGGCUUUCAAUUGUAUCAAAGUGAUCCCAGUGGAAAUUACAGUGGAUGGAAAGCAACAUGUAUUGGCAAUAACAGUGUGGCUGCUGUGUCUAUGCUGAAGCAAGAGUACAAGGAGGAUGCCAUGGCUUUAAAAGAUGCCCUGCAGCUCUCUAUAAAGGUUUUAAGCAAGACUUUAGAUGUUACCAAAAUAACUCCAGACAAAGUUGAAAUUGCUACACUAACAAGAGACAAUGGAAAGACCUAUCUUAAGAUUCUAAACUCCAAAGAGGUUGAAAACCUGAUAGCAUUAAAUGAAGAAGAAACGAAGAAAGCAGAGGAGACUAAGAAAACAUCCAGUUAAAAAUAUUAUUUCUUGUAAUUUAUAGUAAAACGUCACAAUUUAUGUUCUGUAUGUUUCACUGCCAUUUCUAGGGACUUGUUGUGCAUACGCCAUACGGUGUAUAUUUCUAUCGUGCCAUUUACAUGUAAAUCCUAUUUCCAUAAGAGAAAAUCUAUGCAUUGAACAACUUAAUUCAUCAUUUAGUAUAACCAGCGCCAGAUACUGAAGUCAACUUUUAGUCUUUUUUGCCUAUCUGUAACAAAUGCAAUGCAAUUCACAAAAAAAAAACAUUGUUAGCAUGUUGAGAUCAAACUCUCUACUGCUACUUGACAGACUUGACAACAAGCCUGAUCAGCUAACCCAUUUUCAACCCAAUUCAAACCACCCGGGAGUAAGUUUCAUUGUUCGUUGUAUUUUCAUUUCACAGUCGAAUUCUUAACAACAAAGUAAGGUGGUAGUAUUGAGUGGUAGCAUGCAUAGCAACGUGUUAGGCAAUUAGCUCUUUGAGGCAAUCAGUCCAGACACAUUACAUUGGUAGCUUUUGACAGUAUUUUAAGUUCAUGUACAUCUUCAGUUAGCAUGUUACACCUGUAAAAACAUUUGUUGCAAAUGUAAGUUUAUCAGUUAAAGUGUAGACUAUCUUAUACCAUUACUGUAAACAAGACUUACAAUAAACUAUAGAACAGACGAUUUGGUA